CCGAAGGAGAGUUUGCUGUCUCUUGGGCAUCUGACCGGCUCAGAAAAAAGCACUUUCAUAAAUGCAAGACAACGCGAUGUGAAAAAAAGGCCAGUGCGGUUGCAAAAUAGCUUUCCGGCCCUUCAAAGACAGGAACAUCACAGGUUGAUGCGCCUGCAGCAGCGCUGGCAGGAGUUGAUGGAGAGAGAGCGUAAAGCCCAACAACACAACAGGCAGCUGCUGCAGCAGUUUGAGGAAGCCCAGAAGACGCUGGCAGAUAUGCUGGCCUGCAACUCAACUAUGAAAACUAUUCGGAUAGAGUAUGAGAAGUACCUGGAGGAGAGCUUCCCUCGCUGGCAGCAGCAACUCAAGGAGAAAACACUUACUGCUCAGAAGAAGAGGAUAGAUGACUAUUUGGGAUCAUAUCUAGAGAAGAUAGAAGAACAAGUGAUAAAGUCCUCUGCUGAUCAACAUUUACUCUUGCACGGUCCUAACACAAGGCCGCAAAAACCUGCAGCACCUCAGUCGUACUCCAGCCAAGAUUACUCUGACUACAACCAACACGGCUCCUCUCAUCUUCUCGAUGCACAGUCCUCCUGGUUGACCCACACUCAAUCCCAGAAAACUGGAUUUCCUCCCAGAGUAUUCUAUCAACCCCACAGCUCCUCCCAAGCCCCUCAAUCUCUCUUCCCACCAUCUAACUUCCCACAUCCUCACCCAUUCCCUCUCCACCACCUUCCCCCCACCCCCAGACAUCCCUAUUACCACUGGCCCGGGCAGGAUCAGUCGGUCUGGGCUUCCCCACAACCCGACUACCCCUGGUCCCGGACUGCUGGUGCGGCUGGCGUCCCCCCUGGCUCUGACGCUCUAUGGGGUCAGCUCAUCGCGGAGGAGCGUCCACCUGAGUCGAGGCAUUCACGGACGGCGGGGGAGGGGGACAAAUCCAGCAGAACGACAAGUUCGAAGGGGGAGAGGGGUAGCGGAAGCAGGGGCAGUGAUCUGUCACUGGAGCUGGACGUUAAACCAGUUCGUCUGUCCAGCAGACAAGCAGAGAGCAGCGAGAGCGGCAGAGAUUCCAGUUUGCCGAGCAGGGAGAAGAGGAAGAAGAGGGAGAAAAGAGGAAGAGCCGAGCGUACUCCUUCAUCAGACAGAGAAAGAUGCAGCUCUCAUGAGUCAUCAACGAUUUCCAGCGCUGUCGUCGUUGCUACGGUUGCAGUGGCCCAAAGCUCAGAAAGUGACGCGCCAUCAGAGAAGGACGCGAGCAGCAGCAGGAGGACGAGAACCCCCGCUUCUCCUCAUCCUCCUGCUGCUGCUCGCGGGUCAUCGAGAUGUGAGCAGGCGGCAAAGCAAAGGACCGGGAGCAAGGGAGACGACUCAGAUAGUCGGCUUUCUGGUGUGAGAGUGGAAACCGAAAGAGAAAAAGUGAAGAAUCAAAGUCUUAAUGAAAAACCAGGGAGCUGUGGAGAUGAGUCUGGAUCCCAGGGGGAAGAGGAAUCUGAGAGUGAUUGUGUGAACGCAGAAAAUAGAACUGCAGAGGAAACAGAGAAGCAGGAGAGUGGCAGCUCUGAGCAAAGCAGCACAGAUGAGAAGGAUGAAGGAGGAAGACAGAAAAAUGUGGGAGUCAGAGAUGAUAAAGACGAAGAAGAUGGCGAUGUGGACGGAAGUGAUGAUGAUGAUGAUGAUGAUGAUGAUGAUGAUGAUGAGGAGGAGGAGGUUUCUGUCAGAAAGCGAACAACAGGUGAAGAAGAGGCGGUGGAAGAAGAAGAAGAUGAGAUGGAGGAUGAUGGAGAUGAUGAGGACGAGUUAAUCGGGUUGAAGAAGGAAGACACUGAGAACAGGAAACCUGGUUCUGCUUCCUCUGACGAUGAAGAGGCUGACGAGGAUGUAAGUGAGGACAGUGAGGAGAAGACAGAGGAGGAUGAAGAGGGCUCAAAUGAAGAGAAAGACAGUAAGAGUGAAGAGGAGCACAGGAGUGGUAAAGCAGAAGAGCCAGAGGACAGAGAUUCAGAAGACAGCAUCAUCUCACCCCAGGAAAAAAGACCUAAGCAGAUAGAGAUUAUUCCUGAGCAAGCAGCAGAGGAGGAAGAUGACGAUGAUGAAGAUGAACUUAAAACAUCAUCUAAUGACGACUCGAUUGAAUUCAGUGACGGGGACAUUGAGAAUCUCCUGGCACCUCCAGAACCAACAGAGAAGAAAGAAGAAAAGGACCCGAAAGCUGACGAGAAGCCCAAAGCAGCUUUUAAUAACGCGGAGAUCUUUCAAGUGAAGUCUGACAGAUCGAAGACUGAUCUCCAGAGUGACUCCGAUGGGUUUGAUGAUUUUUAUGAUUAAAUGUGUGACUGCCUAAAGCCAAAAGACAACAUCCUGCCUCAGUCACUUCGUAUUCAUUGUGUAUUAAAGUGACACCAAAAGGAAACUGCAAAUGGACACUUUGUUUUCUUGUGUUUGAUUAGAGACGUAUAUAAAGAAGUUGCAAAAAAAGUUGAAAUACUUUUUUUUUUAUUAAUGAAUUUAAGUUUGAAAGACAAUUUGUUUUUUAAAACCCAAUCAGAAGCAUAGAAACAGAAAAUAUACUGGCAGAAAUAUAUUUGAACAGAACAACAAUGAUAACAUUCUACUGGAGAAGAAAAUGAUACAAAAACUGUACAAAUUAUGAAAAUAAUUUAUUGAAGGGGCUUUUUUUUUUAUUAUUGCUGUUGUACCUGUGUGAUCUUCCACCAGCUGUUUAUGACUCCAGUAACGAGCGCACAGAGUUCACUCCAACAUAUAAAAAUAAACCAAUACAGUGUG